UUCUUAUUUGUUUUAUAUUAUAGCAUGUCAAUCUGGCGCGUAGGAACUGGCGAGGAACCACCGCAGGAAUACCUGGAUCUCCUCUAUGGUAAUGAGGAUCCUGACGGUGGUUCCGAUGCCGAUUCAUCGGAUGGGGAAGAGGUGGAGUACCUGGAAGACGAGUAUGAAGAUGAAGAAGAUGAAGUGGAGGCUCCACCAUACUCCCCUCUCACGUCCCCGGAGAGCCGCGAGAGGCGGUCGCGAAUGGUUGGAGAUGAAGUGGAUGAAGUGGAGGCUCCACCAUACUCCCCUCUCACGUCCCCGGAGAUCCGUGAGAGGCGGUCGCGAAUGGACGAUCCAAUAAUGCCUCGACGAGAGUUUCGGGAGAGGUCACGCUCGCCACUAUCAUCUCCGGCAGAACCUGCGGUGCCUGCAGAGCCUCUUGUUCUUCUGUUCGAUGAGUUUGGUGCGCUGAUCGGUGACCAGCCGACGGGCGACGAGUUUUUUGCCCCGGAUGCCCACCCAUUGUAUGUAACAGUAGAGCAAGUAGAGCGUGAAAGAGCUUCUAUAGCGUUUAGCAAUAGAAGAGGAACGAGAGGGAGAAGGGGUGGCCGAAGGGGGGUCAGGGGUGUGCGAGGACAGAGUGCACGCAGGGGUGGGUAUCCAAUCAGGGGCCGUAGAGGAGGACGGCAGUGGGAGGUGGGACAACCACUUCACCAAAUAUGGCUGACUGAUGCCGACGUUCCUCCCGAAUUGGUGAGUUUGGCGACGGAUGUAGUGAGGAGACGACAGAGGAGAUUGCAAGGUGAUGCCGUGGUUGAUAGUACCGAACGAGGAAGGGUUGAUAGUGAGAGCGAGGAUGAAUUUGUCGACGCCAAUGAUGGAGGUGAUGCUGACUUUGAGUGGUAUCCUAUGGAUACUUUUCAAGGUCAGGAAGAAAUUUUUCAGCCAGAGCGUACCGGUUCGGUUCAGUUUUUCAAUUCAGCCUACGACGCUUUUCGUUCCUAUUGGACCGAUGAGGUCUUAGGAUUAAUUGUGGCUGAAACGAACCUUUAUGCUACAAAAAUUUCUUCUGCUUCAUUCCAGGCUGAAUGGGUCCCCACAAAUUUGCAUGAAAUUUUAUGCCUUUUUUCGUUCUGGAUGAUGUUGGGGAUCGUCAGAAUGCCAACUGUUACCAGUUGCUUUUCGGUCGAUCCUCUCUUGAAAACGGAAGUUUUCAGGCGCAUCUUCACACGAAAAAGGUAUGAAAUGUUAAAUAGAGCUUUACAUUUUAUAGAUUCCCCCCCCGUUACGGAUAACGAAAAUCCCUCCAACACUGGCGCCAGAAGCUUUGACCGUUUACACCGUUUGAGACCAAUUUUAACACAUUUAAAUUCAACUUUUCAAUCUAAUUAUAUUUUAAAUAAAGACAUUUGUAUUGAUGAAAGCCUUACACUUUGGAAAGGCAGAUUGAAUAUCAAACAGUAUAUUCGGAACAAAGCUUCUAAGUUUGGGAUCAAAACAUUCGAGCUUUGUGAGAGCACCACUGGUUACCUGUGGUCGUUCAUUGUUUACACCGGUAAACAAUCCGCAACAGAUCUGGAGCAGUCGCCCGGAGAGCUUAAAAGCACAGCUGUUGUAAAAAAGCUCAUUGGUCCCCUACUAAACAAAGGGUAUAGAUUGUUUAUGGACAAUUGGUACAAUUCACCCCUAUUAGCUAGGUUUCUGAAACUCAAUGGUACUGACUGCAUUGGUACUUUGAGAGCUUCCCGAAGCGAUGUUCCCACUGUAAUAAAUAAGGCUCCUCUUAAUAAGGGAGAGUACAUCGCCAGACAUUCCGGCGAUGUCACUGUUUUAGCAUGGCAAGACAAGAAACGAAUUACCAUGAUUUCCACUUGUCAUGGUGCAUCUACAGCCUUGCCUACAGUCUCUUCUAGACAAUUGUCGCGUAAAAUACCAUUCAAACCACAAGUCGUUCUGGACUACAAUAAAUUCAUGGGGGGUGUAGAUUUAAAAGAUCAAAUGUUGGAGCCUUAUUUAUUAGAGAGGAAACGUUGUAAAAAAUGGUACAUGAAACUUUUUAAACGCCUUCUGAAUGUAUCCAUUCUUAACUCUCGCAUUCUUGUAGAGUCAUCCACUCAUAAAAACGUUGAUCAUUUAGCUUUCCGCCUUCAGCUUGUAGAUACCAUCCUUUCAAAUCAUCUAUCACAUUGUCCGCAAAGCCGUAGACGUACUGCGUCUAGCAGUAGAUCUGCGCACCUUCAACCUAAUAGAUUUAUCCUCUCUACACAUUGGCCUGUGUCAUGGGAAUCAAUAGAGGGCGCCUCAGCAAGCAACCGGAAAACCAGGAAGCGUUGCUUUGUGUGCUUAAAAAAUGGCAAAAAAAAUAUAAGAACGCCCUACUGUUGCGAAUCCUGUCGCGUGCCAUUGUGUAUAGAGGAAUGUUUUAAGGCUUAUCAUACAUUACCAUAAUACCUUUCUUACCAAUUAUUCAUAAACAACUACGGCGGGAAGAAUCGACGUAAGAAACUUGCACAAUUUAGGUAACCAACCCGGCGAGAACCGGCGUAAGAAACUCGCAUUCGCAUAUUGUGAUUGCUAAGUCACAUUCGUAUGAUUGGUAUUGUAUGAAAACAGAGUGGAAGGUUUAGAAUGUUUCUGUAUUUUUUGUAUAUAGUUUAGAUAUGCCUUUACAAUUUUUUUACAAUUUUAUACAUUUUUUUUUUACUUUA